AUGGCGAAGAAAUCUUCGAAAAAGGAGAUGAUGAAGACGAAGGCGAAGAAGAAGAAGAACAGCGACAAGAACAAAGAGAGGACGAUGAAGCAAAAGCCAACGAAUGCGGUAUUAAGAAAGCUCGUGAGUGAAGCCCGAGUAAAGGAAACUUCUCUUGAUGGUAAUGAAGAGACUGCCGGAGCAAAUCAGAAGAAAAUUCAAAAUCAUCACCAGGAACACAAGAAACAGAAGAAGAAGAAGAAGAAGAAGAAGAAGAAGAAGAAGAAGGCGGAUGAAAAUAAUAAUAAUUCUAGCAGUGAUGGUGAUGAUUACGCGUCUCUUUCGAACGACAACGACGACGACGACGACAAUAACUACGACAACAAUACCAGUAUUGGACUAAGAGAAGAGAAACCGUUCGACACGAAUCGGAAGAAAAAGAUCAAGGAUAUGGUUGAAUACACAGGCGGCGUGGAAAAGUCCACCAAAGAACAGCUGUUGAGGAUCUUCAGUCUACACAUAGAUAGAGACGCGGACGAUUUGUUUCGACGCAUCGGUACAAAGAUGAAAAUAGAAGAGCUAGAGAAGAUGGAUCUUGAGCCAUUGAAAACGAUGUAUAAGGUGGUCUACGAUCAUUUGGACAGUAAAGAAGAGGGGAUUGCAUACGCGAAGAAGCAUUUGUUUGUGCCAACGUCCCCGAAAGAGAACAGAAUGUCGGCGCCAAUAGUGUACAUCUCGCCCGACAAAAAUGAGUACUCUGAUUUGUUCCCCAAAAGAUACGGAAGAAAUCCGAACAAGAAGAAGCGGCAAAUCGACGAAGGUGUUGCGUCGAUGAUAGACACGAAGAAAAAAACGAAGAACGAGAAUACCGCCGAGACAUUUAAAGCGACGAAAGCGGCAUCAACAGUCUGCGCGCGCAACAAAAAGGAACACGUUUUGAUAGAGAAGAACGACGCGCGAGUAUCCAGAAAGAACAGCUCCAAAUCCGAUCUUGCUUUAGCUCUACCUUCUACGGAUAGAAAUAAUAAGCAACAGAAACUCCCGGUAGGGGUGUGGAACAAGAAGAAGUUUUAUAAAAAAGUGAAAGUUGAAGACGAAGUGUUCAAAGUCGGCGACGAUGUUUACGUGUGUACUCCCGAAACGGUUGAUUUGACCGAGGACGUCGACCACAUCUGCGAGCUUUGCAAAAAAACGGGCGUCGAAGAAGGCGCCGAUGGCAAAGAAGUCGAAACAGAAAUGCUCGAGUGCGAUUAUUGCGUGAGAUCAUGGCAUCUUCGGUGUUUGAAAUUAGAUCACGUGCCGGACGAAACAUUUUGGAGUUGCCCAAUGUGCGUCGCUGCGCCUUCCGGUAUCGCCGCGCCGCAAAAUUUCCACGAGAGACGUACGCCUUGCGGUGAAUUUCUGGCGGGGAGACUUUGUUUGGCUAGAAUCGAGAGCAUCUGGGCAAACGUAGAUGAACUCAACGACAGAGAUCCAAAAGUUCGAGAAGAAGCGUUUAAGUUCAUCGCUCGCUUAUACGUGCUACCGGAACAUACUCACACGGGAAGGCAACGUCAUCACAUUCGCCGAGAGGUGUUUCUUACGAACAUCAAAGAAGAGGAAAAUUGCGCCGCGAUUCUCAUGGGCGCAAAAGUCCUCGAGCCUGCCGCAUUUCGCUCGUCCGGCGGUAAUGACGACGUCUACAUGUGCGAGUAUUCGUACGACCAAAAUUUUUCUCGCUUUCGACGGAGAACAGAAUGGGAGGACUCUGAUUUCUCGGAAGAUGAAUGUGACAUCGAGGCUAAAAAUAUCCUGUGGAGCGAAACUGAAAGUUCAGACGAUGACGACGACGAUUACGAUCACCGCAAAGAGAAGCGAAAAGCGGAAAAGAGAGCGCAAGUGCGACAAACGAAAGCAGAUAUUGCCGCCUCAAAGAAAGCCGCGGCUUCUAAAAAAGGAGCUAACGCUUCGUCAGAAUGGAAAGAAGCCAUUGGCUUGGGUAAAUCAGGCAUUUUGGCCAUAGACUCUGCUCAAAAUAAUGGGUCGCGCACUGCUAUUGAGCGCGCGAGAAAAGCGUUACAGCUGAGUUCCAUCCCGGCAAAGCUAGAGUGUCGGGAAAAGGAGCGCGAGAAGAUCAUGCAAUUCACAAAAAACGCGAUCGGUGCGUACGGUGGUGCGUCUUCAUGUCUUGGCAACUCGCUUUACAUUUCAGGCGUUCCCGGUACUGGGAAAACGGCAACAGUUCGCGAAGUCAUACGAACGUUGCGCCAAGAAGCCGCGAAUAAAAAAGUUCCAAAGUUUAAUCACAUCGAAAUGAAUGGUUUAAGGCUACAAACGCCGCAACACGCGUACAGUUUAAUAGCAGAGGAACUCACGGGUAGAAGAUUUUCACCGAGUCGCGCGGCAGAAUGGCUCGAGAAACGGUUCAAGGAAGGCAAAGAGUCGGAUGGAAGAGUGCUCGUUCUCGUCGUGGACGAGCUCGACGUUCUCGUCACGCAAACGCAAUCUGUUUUGUAUAACAUUUUUGAUUGGCCGACGUACAAAGCGAGUAAUAUUGCAGUCAUUGGUAUUGCGAAUACCAUGGAUUUACCGGAGCGUUUGUUACCGAAAAUUGCUUCUCGCCUGGGCUCGGGUCGGGUGACGUUUAAUCCAUACAACACAUCCGAACUGAUAAAAAUUAUUGAAGCGCGCUUACGCUCGACCGGUGAUUACAUCAGUGACGGUAAAUACGACGCGAUCACGCAAAACGCGGUGCAGCUGGCGAGUAUGAAAGUCGCGCAAAUUUCAGGCGAUGCCCGACGAGCUCUAGAGUUGUGCCGGAGAGGUAUUGAAAUCGCCGAGGCGAGGAUCGCGCGCGAACGCGAUUCUGGAGAACUGAAUUGUGUCUCUCGAUGUGGUCCGAACGAUAUAUCUAAGGCGCAGAAUGAAAUGUUUUCGGCGACUUACAUGAAGAUGUUGAAAGGACUUUCAAAACACGAGCGCAUUUUCCUCGCCGCUUUACUUCUGCGCACGAGACAACUCGGCUAUAAAGAAGUGUACGUCUCCGACGUUCUCGAAGUUCACGAGAAGCUGUGCAUGAACCAUUCCGUGCAAACGCUUCCGACGGGUUUCGAAACAACGAUAGUGUGCCGUUUACAUUCCAUGCGCUUGGUAUUGGCCGACCCUGGAUACAUGCGUCGGUUACAAAAAGUAAGCUUGAACAUUCCGCAGGAGCAAGCGAUGUACUCUCUCAAAGACGAUAUGCUGUGUGCGGACAUGCGGUGGAUUAAAAAUGCGCUGUAA